AUGUUUAUGACAAGAAGUGAAUACGAUCGAGGUGUAAAUACAUUUUCACCUGAAGGUCGUCUUUUUCAAGUUGAAUAUGCUAUUGAAGCAAUUAAAUUUGGUACAACAGCUAUUGGAAUUAUGACACAAGAAGGUGUUGUCUUAGCUACGGAAAAACGUAUUACAUCCGUGCUUAUUGAACCACGUAGUAUCGAAAAAAUUGUUGAAGUUGAUACACAGUUAGUUAUUGUUUAA